AUGUUCUCCUUGAUUAGGCUCUGCUACCGUUUCUCGCCACCAAGAACACCUGGGGUCUUCUAGGCUUCCAGAUUUCUCUCUAUGCCAUAAGCAAGGUGUAACAAUAAGUGGAAACGUUUUAUUCCUUGUAACCUUCUUCUUCUUUGUGGGUUUUUUUUUCCCCUUUUUGAUGUUUAGUUCAUCUCACAGGUCUAUGAAGUCUUUCCAAUUAUGUGAUCCCACAAGUUUUCUUUCCCAGCCAACGCUUUUCCCUCUAAGCAAUGCAGGUGCUGUGAUCUAUCGAUGAAAAUUCGAGUUACCAUCUCUAAACAGAUGGUCAUCGUCCCCCCGUCAAUCUCUUCUUCUAUGGUUCAUGUCUUUUUGUUUGGCCAUAUAAUUGAGAAAAAAAGUCUCUAAACCUCUUUUUAAUAUCCAAGUUCUCACUAGGCUUGUAGCACGUAUUAUUUUUAAAAUCCGAUUUAUGUAUGUGAUCAUCGUAUCCUUAUCCAUUCUGUCUCUAAACCUUUUCUUGGAAGAAAAAACAGAGUUCUACAAUAAAUGGCAUCCUUGUUCGUCGUAUUUGCUCGUAUAAUGCCAUUAGAUAUGGGUAGAAUCCACAGGCCACGGAUCAUUUUUUUUCUCUUUCGGUAGAUCGUGCUGAUGUUCUUUGUUUACGGAAUAACUAUUUUUUCGAUUUGACUUCUUCAUUCAUUGAUGACGCCGAACUGAUUGGUUUGCAGGCUUGGGAUACCUAAGGAUGCGCUUAAAAUCCAUGGGAAACGAUCUUGGAAGAAGCAUCCCGUGAGGAAGAACGGAGUGGAAUUUCAGGUUGGCGGAUGUGAAGGAGAUGAUGUGUCGAAGCAAUUUCAUCGAAUAAACCUGGGAGCUUCAACGAAAUGAUGAAGAGUUCGAGAGCAUUUCUAUGUUCCCGUUCUCUUGAAUGUCGAUAUAAUAGAUUAUCAUGUCGCCGACGAAAAUGAUCAUCUGUUAAGUGAAAAUAGACUCCUCAUGGGGUUUCCUCAUUCUCGUCCUACUCGGGGCCAACACUGAGUACAUACAGAAGAAACGUGUCCUUAUCAUAUUUUUUCUCCUUAUCCUGCGCUGUCGGCGGCAAUAUUUGAACCUGUUUAUCAUACUUCGAUCUAUUAUCUGGAGGACUUGAGACGUUAUAGAAAACCCUCAUAAAGGUUCAAGGGAAUGUGACAUACUUGACUUGAUGCAAGUAUUAGCGUGAGCCUGAUGGCCGGCUCUUCCGAAGUCAAGCCCGAUGCCGGAGUCUCUUACUGAAUCUACGCCAAGUCCAUGCUGUCCAUGUCACACCGGAUGACGGUGGAAUCUGUGUGAGGAUUGAGUUGUGUCAGGAUGACCUAUGGACAUUAGAUACUAUACAAUGCGUUAUGUAGGGGCGUAUUGAUUUCUCUCUCUAUUUAUAUCUACCGUUUUUGUCUAAGGAUCCGUACGAAAAUUAAUCGCAUUUCUCUGAUGCACACAGUACCUAUCGAACAGUAUUAGAUGAUGUGAUAGUUACAUCAGUAAAGCUUACUAUAGAAGCCGGAUAUAAGUCCACCCCAAAGGAGGCGGCGUCUUCUCAUGCCCCACAGCAUAGUACAUCUAUCUUUUCAAUGAAACAAACGACAAUGCCGAGUAAAUUUCCAUCCAAAAUACUUGGGGUUUCCGAUCUUAGUCACUCGUCUAUGUUAAAAAACAUGAUAAUAUUUCAUGACAAUCGUUUAAUACUAUAACUGAAUAAAAAUGGAUUGAUACAGUAGUAGAUUCGCAAGCCGAAAUUUCGUUUCCUAAACAGAUUUUUGUAAUACACGAUGACGUCAGUGCUAGUUUGCACAUAGUCAUGCUGGAGGUAUAAUGGACUAGUAUAACUUAUAUUUAGACUAGUUUUCAACGUUAUCCAACCCCCCUGUGGAUCCUCCGAAGCUUGAUGACGCUCAUGACGGUAUGGUAAAUACAAUUGAAUAGUACUGCGCAUAUUUUGACUACUAAAGUUCUUUGAUUAGUGCUGGGACUGAAUUGAUGACCUAAAACAAUGGGUACGGCCUAGGUUCCAUGAAGGAGAUGAUGAGGAUUCCUUGAACGCCUAUUGUGGCAUCUCCAAGACUAGCUCGAUAGGAUGAUUCCACUUCAUUGCACCGUAGUUUGUGAGGACCACGAGAUCCCAAGCAAAGAGUCCUACGAGCAGCAGCAACCGACUGUAGCGUUCAUGAUUCCCGCACACGCGGUAUACUGCUCGCUUAGCAAGACACGUUGAAGGGUUGAACACUAGAAUUUGACCAGCAGGUGCUUCUGGGAUAGCCUAACCCUCGGUUGUACACGAAAGUCUUGGUAUUGGAAGGUUCGAGUUUAUUGUUCUUAAUGAGUGAUUUUCACUGGAAAAGUUUCUAAAGUCUACUAUUGUGCGUCACCUCGGAGCAGAUGAUACCACAAGGAAAAAUCCAAAUUGAUUUAUCCAAAGUCAAACGCUAUUGAGUGCACGGAAAUCUUUGCGUGGAGGUCAUGAUGAUACUUUGAAGAUGGAUUCGAAAAGCCAAAGUCUAGUAGCAAUCUAGUUACGUGAUCUUCUCCAUGAACAUCAUUGGUUCUAAGAAGAAUGCAGACAACAAAAGGUACGCUUUCAAAGUCAGCGCUUAAGCGGGUACAAGGAUCGUGGCAUCUAGAAGACCUCAUGGGUACUGUCUAAAGACCGAUCCGCAAGGUCCGAGUCCAAUAGAACGAGGAUCCCGACGUUAGUCUCCAGUUGACUUGUAAAAAAAUAACAAUAAAGGAGAGAAAUCGAAUAUUUGGACCCGUGAUUUCAAGAAAACAAAGGGAGUAAGGUGCUGGUCUUCUCCAGUUCGGGGGAGGGGACAAAGGACAAUAUAACUGCUCCCGCAAGAUUACGUGAAAAAAGGAAUAGCUGA